AUGUCCGGGUGCAUGUUCUUACGCCGCGCAGAGCCGCCGCAAGCGAUGGUGCUCUCAGCGUGCGUGCGCGCCGCCGCCCGCCCCUACUGCGCCACUUACCAGGAGUCUGGUGACCUUAUCAAGUCACCUUCGCCACCGCCCAGUCAUGAUGGGUCGGCGAGUGGCGAGGGCGAGCAGAGCGGCGAUGAGCGGCCGCCGUCCGCGCCGCCGCCGCUGGGCGCGCUGCCCGCCCACGCGCAGCUGCCCGCCGCCAGCGCCGCUGCCACCGCCGCCACCGCUGCCGUACUGAACGCUGCUGGAGCGGGCAACGCACUGGCACAGCUGCAGCACCUCCUUCUCACGCAGCACGGCGCGCACUCCUUGCUGCUACAUACACAGGUGCAGCAGGCGGUGGCGCAGGCGGCCGCCCAGCAGCUGCAGCAGCUGCAGGCACGCGCCGGGCUCGCCCCGCCUUCCUCCGCAGAGGCGCGGUCUCCGUCGCCGCGGCGCACCCCGCCCGGCGCCGGCGCGUUCCUGACGCCGAUGACUCCGUUGACCCCGCUGACCCCGCUGACGCCGCUGACGCCGGGCCCAGGGCGCGCGCGCUCGCCGGGCACGCGCACGCCGCUGCACGCGCAUGCGCACAAGCCCCGCGCGCUCGAGCCUGCUGCCGACGAUACCGCCGACCUCGAAGAGCUCGAGCACUUCGCUAAAACCUUUAAGCAGCGCCGCAUAAAGCUCGGUUUCACGCAGGGUGACGUGGGCCUCGCGAUGGGUAAGUUGUACGGCAACGACUUCUCGCAGACGACGAUAUCGCGCUUCGAGGCGCUGAACCUGAGCUUCAAGAACAUGUGCAAGCUGAAGCCGCUGCUGCAGAAGUGGCUGGAGGACGCGGACUCGUCGCUGGCGGGCGGGGGCGCGGCGCCGGGCCCGGGCGCGGCGCUGGCCGAGGCGGUGGGGCGUCGCCGCAAAAAGCGCACGUCCAUCGAGUCGGGCGUGCGCGUGGCGCUCGAGAAGGCCUUCCUGCACAACCCCAAGCCCACCAGCGAGGAAAUCGCCGCGCUCGCGGACGCGCUCUGCAUGGAGAAGGAGGUCGUGCGCGUCUGGUUCUGCAACCGCAGGCAAAAAGAAAAGCGAAUCAAUCCCCCAGCGGGCGAGCCGGGCUCGACGGGGCCCGGCGGCCUGCUGCCGGCACUGCACGCGCUGCCGCCGCACUCGGCGCACCCAGCGCACUCAGCGCACAGCGCACACGCAGCGCACGCAGCGCACGUGCACGCGCACGCAGCACACAGCGCGCACGCGCACGCGCUGCAGGCGGCAGCGCUGCAGCCGCUGGCGCUGCUGGCGCGCGCCCCGCCGCGCGACUGA